AUGGUGGCCGAUGCGUUAAGCCAUAGGGCUAUGACCGAUCUGAGAGCGAUGUUCGCUCGAUUGAGCCUUUAUGAUGAUAGGAGUCUUCUGGUGGAGUUGCAGAAGAAGGUUCUGAGGUUCGGACGCAAGGGUAAGCUAAGUUCUCGGUUUAUUGGGUCGUACUGGAUUCUGAAGAGAGUGGGGCCAGUCACAUAUCAGUUAGAGCUACCUCCAGAGUUGGAUCGUAUACAUGACGUGUUCCACAUCUCGAUGUUGAGACGCUAUCGCUCUGAUCCCACACACAUUGUGCUUGUGGAGGAGAUGGAUGUUAGACCAGAUCGGACAUUCGAGGAGGAGCCAGUUCAGAUUUUGGAUCACGACGUCAAGGUUCUACAUAGAAAAUCUAUUCCUUUGGUGAAAGUGCUGUGGAGGAAUCAUAGCACUGAGUAG